GGGGGUUAUCAGCCAUGCAGAAAGUCAGGGAAGGGAGGGAGUUAUUGGUAGGGUUGCCAACUAUACAGGUAUAUUACUAGUACAUUUGUAAUACCCUUACCAGCCCUAGUUGGGCCAAUUGGGCCUGUCACACCUGUCAAAAACGAGUUGGGUUGCAACCCUAUUCCCAUUGUUGUAGGUGGAGAGGAUUAGACAAGCAAUAUCUAUCAGUAACCCUAUGGGUGCAGCCUCCUGUACUUCUGCACACCCCCAUGUGUGUAUGCAAAGGAUUGGAGUGAUUGGCUUGCAGGCCAAACUGUCUAUGAUACCAAGAGAUGGCCACUGGCCAGACUUUGGGACUAGGACAUGGCUUGCUUAGGUUUACAGUCGGAAAGUAUAAUUUCAAGUUUUUUUUUUAUAUGUCUUGCGUGUUACAAAAAAAUACUUUCCAUUCCUGAGUGCUGAAAAUGUCAGAGUUCAGGGGAUGGGGAGUUACCGGAUUAGUUGCACAAAUAUGUUGUUACACAACUUCUUCACACAGUAUACGCAACUGUUGGUGUGUGUAUAGCCCUCCUGAUAGUGUGGGGACUCAUACAGAUAUACACGCUGCAGUCUGCACUGGUUUCUCUAUAGCUACAGACAGGGGCGCUUCGCUCAUGAGUACCUGCCAUCAGGAAGCCUUUUACCAGGCACUACAUUGGGCUCUUUUAAAGGGAAACUAUACCCCCCAAACAUUGUAGGUCUCUAGAGAAAUAUAUUGCACAAACCAGCUCAAAUAUACAAGUUCUUGAUGGAGUGGGCCAUGGUUGGUGGGGCCGACCAGGUUUUUUCCCGGUGUCCUGCCUGCCCAGUCCCAUCCUGCUUAGAAGUGACAUUAUAAAGCUGUGUAUGUUUGAAAAAGGACAUUGCCUACAAGCUGGCAAUCAUGCAGACCUGGGAACCCUAUGGGGGACUGGGAAAUCUAGAACAUACAGUAUUUGUGCUGUAUCAACUCCUUAUGGGUCACAAGGGGGUGGCUCCUCAGGGAUUCAUGGAAGAAUAAAGUAUCUUCCAUUAUUAUGUUACAUAGAUCAGCACAAUACAAUUUCUUUCUGUUUCUAUCUUUGUGUUUGUUUGGGAGGGGGCUGUGCAAUAGUGAACACAUCUCUCCUUCUCAGAAUAUUUUCAUUUCUUCUACAGGAACACAAAGUACAAAUUCUACUUGUUCCAUAUACACUAUUCAAGCUGAUUCUUCCCAGUGCCCCUCUCAGUACUCGGGAAGUGUAACCAAUUAUACAUGUACCUUCCAAGGUAUAUAUGGGGCGACGGGCUCUGCGGCCGUGCAAGUCACCUAUCUAAAGCCAGCCACCGUCACCAUUACAGGUCCUACAUCUGUUUCUGCGCAGUCUUCUCUGAGUCUGAGGUGCCAGAGUGAUGUAAGCAACAUUGACAGAGUAACCUGGAGCAUCAAUGGCCUCGCAAUAGCAACAGAUAAACAAAUCUUAAACAAGGAUGGCUCUACUCUCACAGUAUCUCCUGUAACCAUGGACUGGAAUGGCACCUACCUCUGCACACUUUAUCAGCAGAACUUACCCAGCAGUGGCAGCUGUGAAGUAAAAGUCCUGAACUUGCCCAACCAACAAACAAUCCAAGUUGAUCCUAUCAGUAUAUAUCAGAAAUGCGGCAAUCCCCAGCCACUUAACUGCUGUAUCCCGCUUGACAGUUCCUCUGUUUAUACUGUAGAGUUUGUGCCAUCUGCAGCUCUCCAACUGGGAAACCAAGUAACACAUGGACAACUAAAGUGUUUCUCAGCAAACUACACGGCAACAGUCUGCCCCCAAACUGCCGUCUUCACUUGUGUGAUUUCCAACGGCAUUACCAGUGUCAGCAGCCCUCAAAUGCAGAUAACCUACUGGUCAGACACUGAAAUUUUAAUAUGCCCUGCAAUGCAAGAGCCUCCCAAUCUUCCUGAGUCUCCCAAUGGCGCACAAAUUAUUAUCCCGUGUCAGAAUACCAACCCCUCGCUAACAGGAAACAUAACCUACACGUGCUCCAAUAAACAGUGGACGAACCAAACAAACUGCACCUCUGUAGUUGUCUUUAAUCAGUACGUGGCAGUUCAGAACUUGGCAAACGGACCAGCACCGGCACAGCAGAUGCCUACAUUCAUUCAAAGCCUUUCCAAUACUACUCAGACUAACAAAGAGACCAUUGCAAGCUCACCGACCAACAUCAACACGAUUGUGAACAUUUUGUCUAUUGUUUCAGAUAACAGUAAAAAUGUGCAGCCAGAAACCAUGGACAACUUUAUCAGUACAGUAAAUACCAUUGUGAACAACACACAAGUUUGGACAACUAUACGGGACAAGAGCUCAGAUCUUCUCAAGUCGGUUGAAAAUUUUGCAGAACAAUUCACAAACGUGACCAGCUAUACAAGCAACCAAAGUAAUACUAACAUUCAGCUCAAAGGGCAAACGUUUAGCGCAAACACGAGCUACAAUCAGACGUUCCAGCUGUCCGGUUUGAGCGGAGGAGUGACGAUAGGAGACGGGUCGCUGAGUGGGAACUCCUGCACCGUCGUCAGCAUCGCUUAUUCUACCCUGAAGGAUAUUCUGCCUUCUGACCUUAACAAGACAAUCAAUGGCCUCGUUAUCUCAACCAAAGUAGUUCAAGGAACCAUCAACGAGGGUCAUUUUAAUGUAUCAAUAUCAUUUAGUCAGAGCAACGAUUCCCUGACCAACCCUGACUGUGUCUUCUGGGAUUUCAAUAUAAGUGGGUGGAAUAACAGAAGCUGCUCUCCGUCGGUUAAAGGGAACACUACUACAGUCUGUACCUGUAACCACCUGACUUCCUUCGCUGUGCUCAUGGGUGCCGAUGAUACAAAUAUACCACCUGAGAUAAUAAAAUUUUUAGAAGUGAUUACUUAUGUUGGCUUGGGGGUUUCUCUCGCCUGCCUGUUUCUCACUCUGGUUAUUGAAGCCAUCGUUUGGAAGUCAGUGAUUAAGAACAAGACCUCGUACCUACGCCACGUGUGCCUGGUGAACAUUGCUGUGUCGCUAUUGGUGGCUGAUAUCUUUUUUCUCAUUGGAGCACAUUUAGAGAGGUUCCCAGACACCCCAGCCUGUACCGCUGUAGGUUUCCUCAGCUUCUACUUCUUCUUGGUGCUGUUCUUCUGGAUGCUGACCACGGGGCUCAUCCUCUUUUACCGCUUGGUUUACAUUUUGCACGACACGAGUAGGAAGACUAUGAUGAUCAUAGCAUUCACUUUGGGAUACGGCUGCCCUGCUGUUAUAUCCAUUAUCACUGUGGCUUCUACAGCACCGAGACAUGGAUUUACCAGUGGGACAUAUUGCUGGCUGAACUAUACCACAACCAAGAGCUUCCUUGCCUUUGUCGUGCCUGUGCUCACCAUCGUCUUUGUCAACUUCGUCAUUCUGUGUGUGGUUAUAUUUAAGUUACUAAGACCGAAUGUUGGGGAAAGGCAGAGCAAAGAUGAAAAGAAGAUCUUAGUACAAAUAACCAAAAGUCUUGCCGUCCUUACUCCUCUCCUGGGCCUCACUUGGGUUUUUGGCCUUUUUGUUGCAGCUAAACCUAAAAACGCGACGUACCAGAUCCUAUUUACUAUCUUCAACUCAUUUCAGGGACUAUUCAUUUUGAUUUCUACUGUGCUGUUGGACCAAAAGGUGAGACUUGCCAUGAGAAACACAUUAUCCUGGACAACACAGAGAUCCAAGACGGCAUCGACUCUCACAUCAGCUGGCAGCUCCGAGAAUUCACAGUGGAAAUUCCCAAAGAAAAGGAGACCUCUGUUUCCUGCCAAAGGUUUUUUUGACUUUUCCGAAUCACAAGUUUCUUCUCGUGACUUAUCAACGGGGUCAUAUAAUGUGCUCACCUGAGGCAGCAGCCAUUUUGUGCAUCGCAUCCCUUCCGUGGUUUUUGAGGUGAAAAUAUACCCAGUAAGCCCAGAUUCUGUUAUGGACCCCGUACUGGUCAGGUAUGCCUUUCAUAACUGCCAAAUAUAUUGACUUCUCAGAGAGGAAAUAUGGUGGAGAAGCUUCUUUCUGGUUAGGGAAGCCAAGUGUGCAUUUUAGCUUUUCUCAAGCCAAUCUGUGCUGCUAUUGAUCUACUUUCUAUAGACUUCGGUGUGAGGCUCUGCAGUCUCGGCUAAACUAACCCAGGUCACAGGAUACCCAUAAACUGAUGGAAUAUGAAUGAAGAUCUAAUGUAUGAAAAGUCAGAGGGACACAGGCAGUAGGUCCCACCAUGUUGCUGUGCCUGCAGAGCUUGCUUUUGUCAACAACCAGGAUCAUGUGACCUUUAUUCAAAAACCCAUUGCACAAUGAGACUGGGAGUCUACGGACAUGAACGUCAGACUAAUAAAGAUAACAUUAUGCCAUGUAAAUACCUGUAUUUACUCAGACGCCUUCAUCCUGAUGGGUCUUCAUGAUAUAUUUGCAGGUUAUGUUCCUAUUUCCUUAUGUUCUACUCCAGAAGCCUAAUAUGAAAAAAACAGCAAAAGUGUUGAACUUUCUCAGUGCUAUUUACUACAUUUCUAAGUUACAAUUAAGUAGAAUUAGAAAAUAUUUUUGCUAGGUGAGUUUAUUUUUUUAAUAGAGAAACUGCAAGGUUGCAAACAUAUAAAAACAUUGGCCAAUCGGCUUUCCAGUCAUAGUUCCAAGAAUAUGUGCACCCCCAGAUCUUUCUUUCAUUGACCUACAUGAUGGCUUCCGGGUGUAUCAAGUGGUAGUGGCAGAGCUACCGGGGGUGCAGUGGGUAACUUUCUAUUGGAACAGUGAGAAAGGCAAGUGAUGAGGGGCUGUGGCAAAUACACCAUACUGGCCAACAGCGUGUGUGUAAAUGUGUAGGCAUUAUAUAAAUAAUAGAAAUAAUAAUCAUGCAUUCUGGGUCAGUGUUCCUAUAGGAAGGGAAUCCCAGGGGAAGGCUUUCCAAUACCAAUUAUGCCCCCCCAUAAAGGGCCUGACGCCUGCUGUAGGCAUGGGCUAUAAAGAUUUGAAAAAGUCAGAAGAAAAUUGUGGUGUAAUAAAAAAUGUAGGGCUUUAUUUAGGGGCCCACUAGUGAUGCUGAAAUCUGUGGGUUUACCCAACGGUCAGAGGGUUAGGGUUGAAAUUUGAAGCAUUGUGGGUUUGGAUUGGGUAUGGGUCAGACUGGGGAAGUGCACUCCUCCUCUGCUCCCAAAGAUUCUUUUGCUUGUAAAGAUACGGGGGGGGGGGGGCUGUGGUACAGCAGAUCCAGUGGUCCCCCUGUUGCCCCCAUUCCCCCCGCGACUGCUGGGUUUGCUGUAUACAUAGUUACAACACUGGGUACAGGUUGAGUGAUGGUCCUACAAUGGCAACAUGUUGUGGGUUAGGGUUGGGUGCGGAGUAAGGUUUCUGCCACAUGUGGGCAACUCUUGGCCUACAUUUAUCUGCCCCUACGCUCCUUAAAGCUUCUUUAUGUGCCUGCACCCGGAGCCAUUGCGGAUUCCAGCUACAACCAAUCAGCGGUUAUCAUAUUGGUUUUCCUAGAUUAGGAAACAAUAAGUGACUCAAGCUUAAAAAGGGGUGUGUCUUAACCACAAGUGGGUGGGGUUUGGCAGGCUGGGGUGUGCCUGGGCAUGCCUGGGGUCAAUUGUAACCAUGGCCUAAAUUGUCUUAUUUUUGGAAAAUGAUAUGUUGGGACAAUUGUUUGACGUUUGUAAUGACACGGAGUAAUAACUAGCAUAUCAUCAUGUUAUUGAUGUUUAAUAAAUCAUUGAAUGAAGUUACA